AUGUCCAAACCGGAGCAGCACGAGGACGCGGACUGUGUGUGUUCCGUCGGGAUGAAAUUAACCUGGGAUAUUAACGACCCCAAACUACCACAGGACAACAAGCAGUUCGACCCGUUUCAGGAGUGGACGGACGGUUACGUGCGUUACAUCUACAGCGCUGAAGACAAGAAUGCCCAGAGACAUCUCUCCGGAUGGGCCAUGAGAAACACCAACAACCACAACUGCCAGAUUCUGAAGAAGUCCUGCCUGGGGGUGGUGGUGUGUUCCCGGGGCUGUGCACUGCCCGAUGGCUCCAGACUGCAACUACGCCCGGCUAUCUGUGACAAAGCUCGGCAAAAACAACAGAAAAAAUUAUGUCCCAGCUGUAAUGCAGGUUUGGAGUUGCUGCCCUGUCGUGGACACAGUGGUUAUCCUGUCACCAACUUCUGGAGAGUGGAUGGAAAAGCCAUUUUCUUCCAGGCUAAAGGGGUUCAUGACCAUCCCAGACCAGAGUCAAAGUCAGAAACUGAAGCCAGACGGAGUUCUGUGAAGAGACGCGUCAGCUCUCCUCCAUUUACACAGAAAAGACGACUCAUUGAAACACAGGGCAUCGGUCCAGCUCUUCUGUCCUGUGUUGAGGCUCCAGAACGCUUCUCCUUCAUUACUGAGACCAACUUCCCUCUCCAGUCACAGCACUACCCAGCAUUCCAAAGCCCUGAACCUUACUAUAAUACCCACAAUCCUUUAGGUGAAGCCUCAACCCCCCUUCAAAAAUCAGCCAACCAUAGGUUGUAUAUGUCCAGGGCAGGGUGUGGCUAUGAUUUCCCCAGCUACCUGACACCCGGGUCCUAUCCCACACCUCUCCACCGAGACCCAGCAAGCAACCCGGACCUCUGUGAUACCAGAAUGGCUCCCGUCCUGGGCUCCUCCUCCUCCUCUGGGCCUCUCUCCUCCACCUCUCCCUCCUAUGACCCUCAGGGAGCCAAGUCUCCCCCAGGCUGGAAGGAUCUGCUUAAGAGUGGCACCCCCUAUGGAGACAACCACCACUACUACAGCCCAGAAUACCCCUGUCGUUACCCCAGCAACGCAUCAGGGUCCCCUGCACCACUACAGACAAUCAUCACAACAACAACAAAAGUCUCCUACCAGCCGUGCCCUAAGCCCCCAGCAGCCAUUCCUCCCUUCCAGUCCUGUCCCAAACCUCCAGGUGGCCUGCCCUCCUACCAGGCCUGUCCUCCCCCCAAAAACCCAGGCCUCCCUGGCUGCUCCUCUCUGCUGGAUGACUCCUCCUCCUCUUACUCCUCUGAGGUGAAAGUAACUGAGGAGUCAGGCGGGGUGAUCAAAUCUCUCUCCUUUCCGCCAGAGUCUCUUCCAACCAAGACGGAGCGAUCUGAGAGCUAUGACUACCGCUACACUUACCCUAAUACCUAUAGAUAUGACAACUACUAA